GCGCACACACACAAGCGAACGGCUACAUUUUUUUUCGAGUGUGUUCGACAUUCAUAAUUUUUGUGGUGGAGCUGCCUGCAAAAAUCCAAUUUUAUCAAUUUGCCAACGAAGUAUUGGCCAUAGCUGCAUAUAAAGUCCACCAAUAACUUGGCGCUGUUUCGCUCUCAACGAGAAGCCACUGAUACAAACCGCCUUUCCAGUUCACCGCAUAGCAAGGAGCAAAAGGAGCCAGCUGAAGGAUGUCGAGCCUGCCACGUCGCAUCAUCAAGGAGACUCAGCGUUUGAUGCAGGAGCCUGUGCCCGGCAUCAAUGCCAUUCCCGAUGAGAACAAUGCCCGUUACUUCCAUGUGAUCGUGACCGGACCGAAUGAUUCGCCCUUCGAGGGCGGCGUAUUCAAGCUGGAGCUCUUCCUACCGGAGGACUAUCCCAUGUCCGCGCCCAAGGUGCGCUUCAUCACGAAGAUCUAUCAUCCGAACAUCGAUCGAUUGGGCCGCAUUUGCCUCGACGUGCUGAAGGACAAGUGGAGUCCUGCGCUGCAGAUUCGCACCAUAUUGCUAUCGAUUCAGGCGCUGCUCAGUGCACCCAAUCCCGAUGAUCCGCUGGCCAACGAUGUGGCCGAGUUGUGGAAGGUCAAUGAGGCGGAGGCCAUUCGCAAUGCCCGCGAAUGGACCCAGAAAUAUGCCGUCGAAGACUGAACGCCCGAGUUGAGGAGGAGAGUCAGGAAGCGGAUCCGGCAGUUGUAUCGGCGAUUUUCCAGAAAGUGGGUGCGUUACAUGGACGGGCGGGUGGGGAAAUUGCAUACUUUAAAAACAACCAGAAAAACCUAAAGCAUACGAAAGAAAGAAAACAUAAAAUAAGAAAGCAAGAAAACUAAAACAAAAAAAAAAACAAAAACAAACGAUUUAAAAACACUUUUUUUUUGGUCGAACCUUCUGGGGCGGGAUAUACAUAUAAUAUAUUAAUAUAUAUAUAUUUUUUUCAAUCGAUCGGGGCGAUCGGCGAAAUGGAGGAGAGAUAGCGAAAGCAUUCUUUAUGUAAGUCAUAUACAUGUAUCCGAAACAAACAAAAAACGAAAAAAACGAGAGAAAAACAAAAAAAAAACAUAAACAGUAAUUGGUUUUAAUCGUUUCUAUUGAUUUGUUCGAGGGGUCUGGUGUCUAUAUACAUAUAGCCGUAUAAAUUUCUAUGUGUAACUGAAUAACCAACCCAUUUAACCAUUAACCCAUGUAGCAUCAGAUAAUAAAUCAAUUGGAAAGGCAACUGGAAGGGAUUUUGAUUAUGAUUUUCAUUUCGAUGAUUUCUCUUAAGUCAUUUGAAAACUCGCUUAAACUGUCUACUCAAAAUAGAGAGUUUUGAUUGUAUCAUUUUCAGUGUUUCAGCAAAUUUUUAGAUGUGAUCGUCCAAUUUGAAGACUUUACUUUCCUUAAUUAAGAAAGUUCUCCAUUUCGAUUGAUACUUGAGCUUUGCCUGGGUUGUGUCAGAGUCCCUUUGAUAAACUAUAGAUGGUUUUACUCGAAAACAAUUUUUUUUAACCAAACAAUGAAGCCUUUAUUAUUAGUAUUAGUAAUUUUUGAAAAAAUAUUAAAAAAAUACAAAAAUAUGAUACAAGAACAAAAUACAAUGAAUGCAUACACUAUAUAUUUAUACAAAAUAAAAAGAAGAAAACAUAAAAGUAGUGGCUUGAUUGCGUGAAAAUUUCAAGAGCAGUUCUCAACAAAAAAUUGUGUACAGUAAUUAAAUGUUUGUCACCCAAAUCACUAAAGGAUUAUCCGAAAAAGAAUAGCAACCAUAAAUCAGAGAGUAAACGAGAAUAAAAAUCAAGAAGAUAUUCAA